UAAAAAAAAAAAUGAGAUUUUUAGUUUCUUAAAUAAAGGGUGUGUUCUUAAUUCAGCCUUUACACAUAUAUAUAUAUACUCGCAAAGAAGAAAUGUCACUGGAGAUGAUGGCAGCAGAACGUGUUUGUUAUGUUCACUGCAACUUCUGCAAUACCAUUUUAGCGGUAAGUGUUCCAUGCAACAACAUGUUCACACUGGUAACUGUGAGAUGCGGCCAUUGCUCAAAUCUGCUGUCUGUUAACAUGGGAGCUUCUCUUCAAGUUCUUCCUCCUCAAGAUUCCCCACCGGGUAAUAAACAGCAGCAGGUGAGUGGUGGGGAUUGGAGCAAGGACAGAGGCUCUUCUUCUUCUUCCUCUUCUUCCUCUUCAAAAUGCACUAAAAUUGCCUCUCUUGAUUCUGCUGAACGUGACCAACACAGAAUCCCUCCAAUUCGCCCACCAGAGAAGAAACAGCGUGUUCCUUCAGCAUAUAAUAGGUUCAUCAAAGAGGAAAUCCAAAGGAUUAAGGCGAACAAUCCCGACAUUAGCCACAGAGAAGCCUUUAGCACCGCCGCUAAAAAUUGGGCACAUUAUCCUCACAUCCGUUGUGGGCAGAAGGUGGAUGGAAACAAGCAAACAAAAUAAGCUUGAAUUUGACCGGAGAUCAUCACAGUCCAUCCGAUUAGCCAAUGGGGUUCCGCCACCUGUUAAUUCUAGAGAUGAUGAUGACGUGUCAAUAGAUUAAAUACUAAAUAAAACAUCUUUUUUUGUUUUUUUUUUUAAUUAAUGUGUAUUAAUUUAGAUUUUAUUAUUUCCAACAAAAAUUGAGGUUGACUAAGUCCUCCUGCCCUGACCCUAUAGGAAAAUAAAUUACUUUGAUAACCUCA